AUGCUCAUGGAUGGCAAGUCCAACGAGCAGCACAACCUGAAACUAGCAAGCAUGACAGACUCCCCUCUCGCACAUUUCCACGAGCAGAUCAACUUCAUCUCGUUAAAGUUCUCUUCUUUCCUCAAUACCUGCCCCUCGACGCCGAUUGGCCAAUAA